GUUGCAGGGAAAGCAUCGCAGAGGCAGACACGCCGUGCACCAGGAAGGCACCAAAACACACACAGAGAGCAAACCGCGCAGAGGACAGCACGUGUGCAACAUGUCUACGACACACUUCAUCAGGGGCCCGGCCUAUGGCAUGUCAGCUGAAGUCAAGAAUAAGGUAAGGACAUCUACAGUGCCUGGUUUGGAGCGGUGUGUGUGUGUCCUAGCACUGAGAGUUGUGAGGUUCUUCAUAAUCUAAUGGAGUGGGACUUCUGCCUGUUGCAUUACAAAUCUAAUAACAUCAGCACUGCGCAGGACAGCAGGGCAUUUUGUUUCAUGGUACCUACUCACUCAGAGAAGGGAAUAGGGAGGAUGCGACUACAUGUCCAGGUAGGAGGGCAAAGGCAAGGAGGAAAACCACGCAAGGCUUCAGGAAACAGGCUGUGGGAGGUUUUGGAAUGGACUAGCAGAAACAGACACCUAAAUCGUUUUUAAGAUGGCAACUCUGUUUUGUUUCUGUUCUCGGGGUUUUUGUUUGAUGUGGUCUGUUUCUUUUCUUUAAUCCCCCCAAAUGGACAUGGGGAUGGGGGGGAAACAAGCACUCUGAAACAAUGGUAAUAAGUAAUUAAUUACAGGCUCUAAGCAAACUCAAAUGAUGACCUCUGGGACAAUCCUGUUACCUGCAGAGGGUGGGAUGAGUACCACAGAUGAUGGGCAAUGGAGAUCCAUCAAUUGCCAGGAUGAACAAUUCGGGCAUCAAAGAGCCUCUCUUUCGUGUAGCACAUUUCAAACCUUCCAAGUGCUUCACCCUCCCUCAGACUCUGCAGUCCUUGCGACAGCCCUGCUUACUAGGGCAGUACAAUAUUCCCCAUGCUGAAGAUGGAGGUGUUGAGGCAAGGAGAACAGCUGUUUGCCUAUGGCUGCCUACUGUGUUUGGGACUGAAGUGAGAUUUGAACCAGCCACAGCCCUACUCGCAUUCUUAGCUGCUCCACUGCCUUCUUAAAGAACAGAUGGGCUAGCUAGCUGUGGGGAACCUUUGGUCCUCCAGAUGUUACUGAACUCCAACUCCCAUCAUCCCUGGCCUUUGGGCAUGCUUGUUGGGGCUGAUGGGAGUUGUAGUUCAGCAAACAUCUAGAGGGCCAAAGGUUUCACACACCUGUGAAAGUGCGUGAAAGAAAGAAAGAGUGUGUGAAAGAAAGAGAUUAGGACAGCUAAGAUCAGCAUAAUUAACAACCUUAGAUCAUGGUUGUUUUUUUCCUUCUACCCAUUUUACAGAUGUGAAAGUGUUGGUAAGAUAAAGACAUUCACAGUCAAACAGGAAUUUUUCACACGAAGGUUUUGAGUCUCUCUCAUGCCUGGUUGUUGUUCACAUAGAAGAGAAGCACUUGUAACCUGAGUUUUUGCUGCUACAUGUGUGUUUGGAAACAAGUCCCAUUGAAUUAAAUGAGGUCUGUUUCCAGGUAAAUGGGCAUAGGAUUGUAGCCUCCGUUUCACAUUUGAAAAUGCCCACUCCAAUCCCCUGGUCUGGCACCAUCUAAACCACUCAUGACAAAAGCCUAUCACAGCAGCCAUGCUGGGAAGAACUUGCAGGAACACCUUCUCCAGAGGUCCCUCUUUACCAAUGACAGUUUCUAGAUUUUGGAAUCUGCCUUUGGCAAAACACUUUUUCCAUUUUCUCUCCUUGCGGGGUGGGUGGGAGCAAAACAUAGUGGGACUUAAUCCAAAAUAAAGAAAUAAAAUUGUGAAAAAUUAACAAGCAUAUUGUAAAACACACUGAAGUUAAAAUACUAAAGCAGAUUAAAAUCACCUCAGCUUUCUAAGCACCAGGGGAGGCUUGUCUAAACAAGAGGGUUUUUAGCAGGUGCCGAAAACUGUACAGUGGUACCUCAGGUUAAGUACUUAAUUCAUUCCGGAGGUCUGUUCUUAACCUGAAACUGUUCUUAACCUGAAGCACCACUUUAGCUAAUGGGGCUUCCUGCUGCUGCUGCCGCACCACCAAUGCGCGAUUUCUGUUCUCAUCCUGAAGCAAAGUUCUUAACCCGAGGUACUAUUUCUGGGUUAGUGAAGUCUGUAACCUGAAGCAUAUGUAACCUGAAGCGUAUGUAACCCAAGGUACCACUGUACAGUGAAGAUCCCUGCUUGAUCUCAAUAGGCAGGGAGUUCCAAACUGCCACACUAAAUGCCCGAGUCUUUACAAAUGCGGAAAAUGGGUAUUAUGUGGCACCUUCAGUAGUGCCAAUUCAUAUGACAAAAGAGAGGUUUUUAUGGCUGGUUUACUUUGGGCUUGUGAUGCCUGCUGCUCCUCACCCUUAAUGUAUCUUUAAGGCCCCUUCCCCACAAAUAUUCUGUCUGAGGGCCUGGAUCAGACCAGUUAAUGCUUGGGGAGGGAUUCUCUUUCAACAACGGCAUCCUGUGUGUUUUAGGCCUGUCAGAGACCAGGAGGUUCAGCCUGAGACAAACGGUUCUGCCAUACUGUGAGCUGACCAGCAGGUGGUCACAGAGCUAUUAUUAUUAUUAUUAUUAUUAUUAUUAUUAGCCAUCCAUCAGAGUUUUCCCAGCCACUCUGGGCGGCUUCCAGCAAAAUAUUAAAAACACAACAAAACAUCUAUCCUUAGAAACUUCCCUAUACAGAGCUGUCUUUAGAUGUCUUCUAAAAGUUGUGCAGUUAUUCAUCUCCUUGACAACUACUGGGAGGGCGUUCCACAGGGCGGGCGCCACUACCGAGAAGGCCCUCUGCCUGGUUCCCCGAAACUUCGCUUCUCGCGGUGAGGGAACUGCCAGAAGGACCACGGAGCUGGACCUCAGUAUCCAGGCUGAAAGAUGGGAGCGGAUACGCUCCUCAGGGUAUAGACUUGAGGUGUGUUAGCCGUCGGGAGGAUGACUCUUCUCCAGAGGCAGAAAGAGGCAGCCACUUCAGGUGACAGGCCUAGGGUACCACUAAGGGGGACGGAAUGGGGAACAGGCCAUGUUGGGCCGCUGCUUUCGUUGAGUGCUUUAACUGUGGUUUUUAAAGAAAGUCAUGGGAGCAUGUUUGAUUAAAAGAGGGAAACUAGGAAUGGGGCUUGUGGGUUUUGUGAGGGCCCCCCACCUGUUCUUCAUAAUUCUGCAUGAGGCAAAAUCCAGCAGGAGGGUUCUCCUGUGCAAGGUUAGCAAAACUGAAUGCACACAGUGUCUGUUCAUUUUAAGAAGGCUUAUGCAGAAGCACUUUCCACUAGAUUGUGCCCCUGCCCCAUGUUAAUCAGUGGGGAGGGGAUGCCAUUCAGAUUUUACAUCUCAGUCAUCGAAAUGCUAUGAGUUAGAAAGUAUGGACCCUGGUACUCUGAAAGAUUAACUCAGGAAGUCAAGGCAUUGGCUGGAAAAGGAGAAGAGGAUAACUGUACAGUGGUACCUCAGGUUAUAUACGCUUCAGGUUACAUAUGCUUCAGGUUACAGACUCCGCUACCCCAGAAAUAGUACCUCGGGUUAAGAACUUUGCUUCAGGAUGAGAACAGAAAUCGUGCUCUGGCGGCGCGGCGGCAGCAGGCGGCCCCAUUAGCUAAAGUGGUGCUUCAGGUUAAGAACAGUUUCAGGUUAAGAACAGACCUCCGGAACGAAUUAAGUACUUAACCUGAGGUACCACUGUAUUGCGACAUGGCCAUCCUUUUCUUACACAUGCAACGGACCGUCAUUCACAAUGGCACUUGCACCUGACACUUUGGAGCAACGUUUUCCCAUAAGGAACCUAUGUUUGGAUGGUGGUUUGGGUGGGAAGGGAGUAGCGUUGGAUGUGGAGGUUGUUCUUCCAUGUUAUUUUAAAAAAUCAAUAAAAUACAUUUAAAAAUAAAAAGCCAUGGGCAUCUCUGUCCCUAGCAGAGGCAGCUGUGUCAUGGCUUGGCAAGGAUUGUACUACCUGCUAAUCAGUGAAGUGGAUUGGCUCUCUGCUCACCACGGGCCUUUCAGUAUCCUACAGCUUUAGGGGUGGUGCUUUAUGUAUGGAAUCUUCCUUUUAUUCCCAUAAGCUUAGCUCGUUUCUUGUUUCUAGCUGUGUUAAAGACUGCCAGUCUCAGGGCCAGGCCAGAUUUUGCAGCAGGGAAUUUUUAAGGGGCACCCGUCCGUGAGAUACAAAUGGUGCCUUUGCAAGUUUGAGAUGCUGUUUUGUGACUCAAGAAUUGCCUCCUGGCACCCUCAUAGUUUGCAUGCAAAGGAUUCUAGGUUCAGACCCUGGCAUCUCCAGGUAGGGCUGUGAAAGACUCCUGUCUGAAACUGCAGGAUCGCUGCCGGUGCCGAGCUAGAUGGACUGAUGCGUUUAAGGGAGCUUCAUAUUUUCCUCAAAUGUAUGGGGCUAAGCCCCGAUUGAUUGGCGAAUACAGACCUUCCUAUCCAUUCGCUUUUUCUCCUUGCACCCUCCAUCUUCCAGGGCUCACCAGAGCACUGGCUCCAGCAAAAGGCCAGUCUCUCCCCGCCCCCGCCCCCCCCCGCUUCCCUCCACAGCUAAAUUCUUCAGCUACCGUCUUGGACUGCACUUUGCACUCUGCCGCAGAAGUCUGGGCAGCAACAGACUCACCAUAUAUGGUCAGUUUUGGGGUUUCUUCGUAGGCUGGUUCUAUAUAAGGCAUAGUUUGGCAGGGUGUGCAUCUGGCGAGCGGCAGGAUGUCUGCCCCGAGACCCCAGGUGAGGGAGACCACCACCACUGCCAUAAACACGCACCCCAACAAACACAUUCCUCAGGCAGAGGGAUCUCCUCCACAGCCACCAGAAUCGAAAGUUCUUUUGGAACAGUGAGGAUUGUGAUACAAGAACAAACUUCCCUGCAGGAUGGGAAUUACCUGUUAAGGAGAAGUUGGGAGACAGGCUGUCCAGGAUUUGGCAGGCAAGCUCCUGCAAACCAUCAGCGGUUUCCUACAAAAUAUAGAGUUACAGUUCCUCUGUCCUAGCAGAGGGACAACAGAGAGAGCCACAGUUCUUCAAAUAUUAGGGAGGGAACUCAGUUACCAUUUGCUGGAAAGCCAUGGAUGAGAAAACAAAGCUCUUGACUGUUGGGAAGUAAGCAUUUUCAGCACAGUACCUCCCUCUAGUGAGACAAUUGGCAUCCUAAGCAUGCGUUGUGCAUCUUCCAACUGAUACGGGGAGUCUGCAAACAAAGUUUUGAGUUGCACAGAACUCUUCCAGCAGAAUGGUGACCAUUGGUGAGCUGCAGAGAGCAAACUUGGUUACAAAAGCAAAUACAGUGGUACCUCGGGUUAAGUACUUAAUUCAUUCCGGAGGUCCGUUCUUAACCUGAAACUGUUCUUAACCUGAAGCAUCACUUUAGCUAAUGGGGCCUCCUGCUGCUGCCACACCGCUGGAACACUAUUUCUGUUCUCAUCCUGAAGCAAAGUUCUUAACCUGAAGCACUAUUUCUGGGUUAGCAGAGUCCGUAACCUGAAGCGUAUGUAACCUGAAGCAUAUGUAACCCGAGGUACCACUGUAUUUUUAGUUUUCCUCCCACUUAAAUAGAAACUCUUGCAGUAUGGGUGGGAACUAGAUGUGGGGAGAGUAAAUCUAGUUUUGUAAACAAGAGGGCACACCUAACUUGCCACCAGUACAAGUGAAAAGGAUCUAGGGGUCUUGGUAGACCACAGAGCUUAGUGUGAUGAGUCAACAGUGUGAUGCAGCGGCACAAAAAGCUAUUUCUAUUCUAGGCUGCAUCAACACACAUAUAGCAUCCAGAGUGAGGGAAAUAAUAGUACCUCUCUAUUCUGCCUUUGUCAGACCACAUCUGGAGUACUGAGUCCAGUUCUGGGCAUCACAGUUUAAGAAGGGUAUUGACACGCUGGAACGUGUGCAGAGGAGGGCGACCAAGAUGAUCAAGGGUCUGGAAGCCAAGCCUUAUGAGGAAUGGUUGAGGGAGUUGGGUAUGUUUAGCCUAGAAAAGAAGAGACUGAGAGGAGAGGCUAGGACCUGAACAAAGUGAGUAGCCUUCCCAGUAGGAUAUCAGACAGGGGAUCCACGUGAUUCUUAUUUGGGGGGUCCAAUUGGGGAUUGUAAUGCACAGAGAGCCCCUGUGUUGGAAUGUGAGCAUAGGAUUGCUGGGGAGUACAGAGUAGUUCUGGUGCUCAGGUGGAAAGCAAGAGACCUCUAUCUGCCAGGGAGGUAAGAGUUGUACCCACAUUCCUCCCUUAAGGAGAUAGGGAAGAAUGUUUCAUUCUGCAUAGAGAGACACCAUAGGAAGCUGCUCUUCAAACCGGAGGGCCAGAACAAGGUGAUGUCUUCACAACCAGUGUGAAGAACCCAGUAUCAUUGGAAUAAACAUUAGAUUAAUGACAUGAUAAGGAAGUUAGAAUAGGGGUUUUACCCUGGCCAAACUGGCAACCUAAAAUGGGACAUAUUUACUGAGAAACUUCCAGUUCCUGAAAGAAGCCCCAAGCAUAGCCUGGAAUUUGUUAGGGGGCAGGGAGCUACUGGCAUAAAUUGUAUGGAGUGGUGUUAAUUCAUAAUACAACCGCAGACUCGAAUCCCUGUCUUCUGUCCCACCAGACCCAAUUCACUAGAAGCACAAAACUUACCUUCUUUGCCCAUAUUGCAAGCUCAUAUUGCCUGCUCUCAUACCCAAGUCCUCAUAACACAAUACACCCAUUUAACUGAACAUGGUGUGUCCCUGGGAAACACAAGGCUUGAGAGCUACCAUGGCACUCUGUCUGGGAAGCAUGGAGAAACUUUUUCCAAAGCAAAAUUCACAUUGCUCUGGGCAUAACAAACUACAGCUAUUUGCUUGUUUCUGUGAAACUGUGCACAGAGAUUGUCCCAUCCUGAUUUGCCUUCUUGUGUUGGAAGCAGAGAUUAACACACAGAGUAAUCCGUGACAGUGGAUUCCUGUAAAGACAGUGUCCCAUGAACAUCAUAUGAUAGCUUCAGAUUUCUAAGCACAAAGAGCCAGAAAGCUGCACAAGCUUUUGUCUUCACUUCUUCAAAUGCAGCCCCACAAGCCCAAAGGAUACAAACUAGCCCAUUACUUUUCAUAUUCUUUUAAGUGUGUGUGUGUGUGUGUGUUUGACAGAAAGCAAAUAUGGUUUUCGCAGGGAGGGUACUGGAUUCGAGAGUACCCAGUAGCGCCUCAAGUCCCAAUCCUUGCUCUGCUAUGAAGUUUAUUACUGAGCGACCUUGAACCAGUCAGUCAGUUUCUCUCAGCCUAACCCACCUCACAGGGUUGUUGUAAAGAUAAAAUAGGGAAUAGGGAUAAAAUAGGGAAACCACAUGCAGUAAUUUCCCCAGAGGAAGGAAUAAGAUACAGAUAUGACAAAUGCCUUCAAAUGCAACUUUUUUAAAAGGGUAUGUUUUUGCUAGAGUUUUAGUCAUAAGAAAACGGGAAACUAGAAUAGCACGCUUGCAUCUUGCAAAGAGAUUCUUAACUGCCAUAUAGAAUUAAACAUGCAAAUUACUGUUCUGUGUUAUGCUAUAUAUAUACACAGUGGUACCUCAGGUUAAGUACUUAAUUCGUUCCAGAGGUCCGUACUUAACCUGAAACUGUUCUUAACCUGAAGCACCACUUUAGCUAAUGGGGCCUCCUGCUGCCGCCGUGCCACCAGAGCACAAUUUCUGUUCUCAUCCUGAAGCAAAGUUCUUAACCUGAAGCACUAUUUCUGGGUUAGCGGAGUCUGUAACCUGAAGCGUAUGUAACCUGAAGCGUAUGUAACCCGAGGUACCACUGUACUGUUCUGGGUGAUAUGUACUACAGCUGUCAGCUCAUAUUUAGGCAGCCUUUCUGGUAAGCUUUCUGUGAUCCCAAAUAAAAAAAUUCUCAGUGUUCCCUCUGAAAUCCAUAACAGUGGAUAAUAAACAACAACACAUCCACAAGGGAAUGUGGGGAGAAAGGGAUGAAAAGACAAGCGGAAAAAAGGACAAAUGAGGAGACGACACAAAAGGCCCUGUACUCUUGCAUCUGAUGCUUAGCUCUCACUGAAGUGGUAAAAAUCCAGCAGCUGCUAUAAUGAAGGCUGGUCAAGGCAAAUUCUGAUUGCAAAUUAAUGCAAUUACUUCCCUUCAUUCGUGUGCAUUCCUGCUUCUGCUGCGUUGUCAAUACCAGGUCUGAUGGUUGCAUCCAAGUUAUGUAGUCCAAGCACUUGCUUCAAAGUUUCCUGGACAGAAGUGGGCCUGGCUAGCAGAUAUAGUACAGAGCCUAGCAAUCAAAAUAUUUCCAAGGAGUUCCUGUUAGAAUCCUAGCCCAUUCUCAUCAGAACCAAUAAGCAUUCCGCAAACCAGCUCAAAUUAAUCAGAUUGCAAAGAAGCAGAAACUGAGAAAAGAACCUUCUAAGCCAGGGGUCAGCAAACUUUUUCAGCAGGGGGCUGGUCCACUGUUCCUCAGACCUUGUGGGGGGCCAGACUAUAUAUUUGGGGGGGGGGGGAAUGAACGAGUUCCUAUGCUCCGCAAAUAACCCAGAGAUGUAUUUUAAAUAAAAUCACACAUUCUACUCAUGUAAAAACAUGCUGAUUCCCGGACCGUCUGCAGGCCGGAUUUAGAAGGCGAUUGGGCCGGAUCCGGCCCCUGGGCCUUAGUUUGCCUACCCAUGUUCUAAGCAUCUAUUACAUGUGCAGCUCAAGUAAGCCACCCUAACCAUACAAGACUGGCUGCUCAGUGUAAUUUUUCCUCUUUUCUUCUCUUAGCUCUGGGAUGUCGGCAUGGGCGUAGCCAGUAUUUUUGUUGGGGGGGGGGAGAGCAGGCCUUUUUUGGGGUGGGGGCAGAAUCUCAGUUAGCUAUGUAUUUUUAUUGAUUUUUAUUGAAGGGGGGCUGCUGUCUCUCCCUGGCCAACCUUGGGCUAUGCCCAUGGGCGUAGGGGUGAAAUUAGAUUUUAUUUCAGCUUCCACUGAAAUAAAGAUCCAGUUUGCCCCUCUGCAUGUGCAUUUGUGUACACACACAGGUUGUGAGUCUCAAUGACGCCCCUCUGGAGGCUUCACACAGGGCAAAAGCCUCAGCUUCCCCCUCCUGUAGCGAUGGUGCUGCUGUGAUGCUCCUAAGUUCCUAUGACAAAAAAAUCUGAUCACCUCUCUAAACAAAGGACAUAAUGUGCUUUGUCCCAUUAGCUUUCAGUUAGUGCCCAAACUGAUUGGCGGCAGUUCCAGACUAUUAUAAUUUUCACUAUUUUGGGGUGGGAUUCAAUCACCCACUGGAAAAUUCAGGUUGGCGCUUUUACCCAACAAAUGUGCCUCUCUAAAAGAUUGGACUGUUUGCAAUAAGGAAACUGACAGGAAAGUGUGGGUAACACUUGCUUUGAUGUGACACGGUCUAGCCUCUUUGCUAACGUAUCAGCCUGAAUGCUCACUAAAUGGUCAACAUUGCCUAACCUCCCUGCAAACAUGUCUGAGUCAAUGCUCAGUAAACAGGUCACAUGAAAGCACCCUCAGCCUCUUGAAGGUUGCUAGUACCUUCAAGGACACGGGUGGUGCUGUGGUCUAAACCACUGAGCCUCUUGGGCUUGCCGAUCGGAAGGUUGGCGGUUCGAAGCACCACGACGGAGUGAGCUCCUGUUGCUCUGUCCCAGCUCCUGCCAACCUAGCAGUUCGAAAGCAUGCCAGUGCAAUUAGAUAAAUAGGUACCACUGUGGCGGGAAGGUAAACAGCAUUUCCGUGCACUCUGACUAGGAAGGGGUGUUUCUUUGAAUAAAGGGUUAACUUCAAUAUCUGUAGGUUUUAUGAUGGGCAGUGCCCCACCAACUUCAGCCUGCUCUCUGCCAGCUCCCAUCUGCCUCCGUUCUCACUUGGAACUGGUCCAAGGGAUGACAGCUACCUGUCGGCUUCUCCUCCUUAGUCUCAAGUGUUUUCCGGGUAUCAAGAGAGGAGGAUGGGAGCAAGACUAGAAUUAGUUGGCUCUGCCUACUAUUGGGCACCAGGCCCAAUGGAACACCAGCCACCACUAGCUGUUCUAAUGUGGGCUGCGCAUUCACUAACCUCAUGAUCAUAGGAUAGUGUUGCCAUAUUUCAAAAUGUGAAAAGUUUUUGAGCAAAAUUUGGCAAAAAUGACGCUGCCGACAUGGGUUGCCAUAUGUACUGUUUUCCCCCAGACAUUUUUCCGAUUUCUGUCCGGACACUACUUCCAACUGCAGUAUUCCAGGUAUGUCCAGGUAAUUCUGGAAAUAUGGCAACCCUAUAGUAGGAGCCAACUCCUAGGUGGAUGGGCAUUGCCAUUCAAAUGGUGUGUGUGCCCUGUGUCAUGUGAUCAAUCACGUGAGGCAGGGCUUACCUGGGCCCCCCAAUAUUUUAUUCCAGUUGGCACCCCUGCCCAUGGUGUUCACUUAUUUUUAUGGUAUCGAUAUCACAAUUACUCGUGUACACAUCAGUCUGUUGAAUGGACAUGGAGGCUUUAAGUUUCCCCACAAAUUGUAAUUUAAGAAAACCCAGUGUCCACACAAUGCUGGUCAUGCAGUUCAGUAUGGGCAACAUUACAAAUGACAUUACAUUGUUGGUACUCCUUGUUCCACCUGGGUUACCUGCCAUUACAUCAGAACGCUACCUAUGUGAUAUAGCUUGAAGAACACUACAGUCUCAUCUGUGCCUACAGAACAAAGAACUCCCGCUGACUCACACAAGUGAGUCAGUUAAGCCACUUCUCACGGGCGGAAAAAUCAGAAUGCUUGGCAAUGCUUUUUAACCUUUUUUCUUAUUUGUUUUGCAAACAGCUAGCUGUAGGGUUUUAAGCUGCGUACAGCGGGGGGAAGCAUUAACCAAAAUGGCCAGACAUGAUGCUUUAGAGUUCCAAACCAAAUAUGAAAACAGUGUUCAGAAGAGCUCAGUGAAGGGGCUUAUCAAUAUUGGGAAAGGUCCCCCCCCAGAAAAAAAAACACACACACACCUCACUUGCAUUAUUUUAGGCACUGGUUGCAAACAUAACAAUCAGCUUGCGGCUUUUGAGUUAUGUUUCAGUAAGGCUUAGCCCCCAAGAAGAUAAAACAAAUAAAUAGGGAAUCUUAACAUCACUUCUAACACAUAGUGUUUAGCCAAAUGUCCACACAAAAGUCCUGCUCAGCCCACUAUGUCUUUGAAACAUCCCAGCAGAGGGAUAAAUCCUUGUGGAUCUGGGACGGACACAUCCCCCAUUUUUCUCCCAAGUUUGGUGAAUUCCUCCUAGAGGGGACACAGCCUGUUUGGGUUGGCAGAGCUCCCUGGCACUAGCUGAAGGUAUGAGGCUGCCUCACGUCCAGAGAGAGGACCCAAGGAAUGCUCUCUCUCUCAGCUGCAGCCUGGGCUGCCAAGUACCAAGAAUGGAGAGGAGCAAUGCUAUCAGAGCACCUCUGAGAUCCAACGCAGGCAGUCCGUUUACAAAACUGAGCAGCCUGCUUGCCAUGAAUGCAAAAGCUGCUCCUGUGGCCCACCCUACGUCACUACUGAACUACAGCUCCCAUAAUCCUUGACCAUUGGCCAUGCUGUCUGGGGCUGAUGGGAAUUGGAAACAUGUGAAGGUCCACUUUUGUUUGUCACCCCUGGUCUAGGUGCUCAGACUCCUAAUGGCAAAGGCAUGGUUCUGGGACCAAGGAUGAGGGCAUGGAAUCAGUAGUACCUCUGGUUUAUAAAUUCCUUUCUGGAUACAUUGCCAGGAGAUUAGGCUGACAUUCCAGCCCUGAUCUCUCUGUUAAAUUCUUCCUCUGACUCACUGCAUGUCCUCAAAAGUCUUUCUCUUCUCUCUCUCAGAGUGCAUUCUUCUUCACCUUUUAACUAAUCACAUUGGAUUCUACCACCAAAGGAGCUACUUUACAUCUGCUUUGCUCUGGACUUUAAUCGUUUUCAUUUGCUCCCUAAUGAAUUAGUUCUGUUUAUGGUGUUAAUAAGAAUUCUAAGGUCAUAAAUAAAAUGUUCAUAAGCAAUGCUAUUUUUCUAGAAAAAGAGGUGCUGGAACUCACCAUGGUGGAAUCUACACACAUAUUUAAAAAAUGCUGUGAAAAUACUUUUUUUAAAAAAACAUUUUGAAAAAUGCAUUGAAUUUGUCAUAGCUCACAGUUGCCAUCUAGUGUCUCAUUUGUAUAUUGCACUUUACAACACAUUUUAAACAUUUAUUUGCACUAAACCACUGAGCCUUGGGCUUGCUGAUCAAAAAGGUCGGCGAUUCGAAUCCCUGCAACGGGGUGAGCUCACGUUACUCUGCGGACAAACACUGGCUCCCUUGGCCAGUAAAGUGAGAUGAGCACCGCAACCCCAGAGUCAUUCACGACUGGACUUAACUGUCAGGGGUCCUUUACCUUUUUUAGCUGAGUCCUUAGAAUGCCUCCCUCAUUCUCUUAGAAUGGCAAUUGCACCCACCUGAGAGGUGCCAGAAAUGAGUUCCGGUGAGUUCUGGCUGAAAAAAAGCCCUGUUCAUUAGUGCACAAGGUAAACACACAUACUUAAGUACAUAAACCACAUGUCUGAAACAGUGCAAGAGAGCAAUCCCGAAACCACUCUCUUAAAUGAUCCUAAAUAUUGUCUCUGCAGUUGAAGGACAUAUCUUGGAAAAACGCUUUCCAAUAGUUCUUUUCAAUUACAAGUCCUUCAAAUCCAGUCAAAAGAGCGUAUUUUGUGUAUGAAUAGGGGAGGUCUGGGACAAUGGCUUCAGGAAUUACAUUAUUUGCCAUUUCAAAAAAAUGGCCCAGACAGGCUAGAACAAGGCAAUCAGCACACAUUAUUAUCCACACUCUCAAAUUUCUGUUGUAGAUUAGGGGUAGGCAACCUAAGGCCUGGGGGCUGGAUCCGGCCCAAUCGCCUUCUCAAUCUGGCCCGUGGACAGUCUGGGAAUCAGCAUGUUUUUACAUGAGUAGAAUGUGUGCUUUUAUUUAAAAUGCAUCUUUGGGUUAUUUGUGGGGCAUAGGCAUUCACUCGGUUUCCCCCCCUCCAAAAUAUAGUCCUGCCCCCUCCCCACAUGGUCUGAGGGACAGUGGACCAGCCCACGGCUGAAAAAGGUUGCUGACCCUUGUUGUAGACAAUCUCUUUCUGUGAUGCUUUUGGGUGGCCUUUGGGCUUUGGCUAAGAGAUCAGGCAAUUUCUAAAGUCUUUAAAAACCGCUACACGCUUUUGUUGUGGGUCCUCCUCACCUCCUUGCAAGCGGUGGGUGGGGGGGGGGGCGGUCCUGUUGAAACAGGAAAAGGAAGAUCUGCCUUGCUUUGACUGGUUCCUUCAUCCAUCCACUCUUCUCUUUUGUAAAUAUAAUUUUAUUUAUCAUUUCCCAUUUUACAACAAAACAUACAAAUAAACAAAACCUGAGGAAGAACACAUGGGAGGGGGAGAGUCAAUCAGUGACAGGCAGGAGGCCUAUGUUUUCCAUCAGUAUCUCUACAACAACGAAAGUCAGAUAUAAGGACUGGAUGUUUUUAAUUGGAUGUGCAAAUUUAGAUUUGUGAUUAAAUUGUAAAAUGCGAAAUAGAAAAAUAUUUUUUUAAAAAACAGCAAAUUACACAUAAGAUUCUCAGGCUGCAUUUGCACGUAUCUUUUAACAGCUAUACUAUAUAUAUAUUAGAUAUUUAAUGGCUGGAUGGCCAUCUGCCAUGGAUGCUUUCAUUGAUAUUCCUGCAUUGCCACAGGAUUCUUACACAAAAUCCCACAUAAUAAUCAUCAUAAUAAUAAUAAUACAGUGGUACCUCGGGUUGAGUACUUAGUUCGUACCGGAGGUCCGUUCUUAACCUGAAACUGUUCUUAACCUGAAGCACCACUUUAGCUAAUGGGGCCUCCUGCUGCUGCUGCGCCUCCGGAGCAUGAUUUCUGUUCUCAUCCUGAAGCAAAAUUCUUAACCUGAAGCACUAUUUCUGGGUUAGCGGAGUCUGUAACCUGAAGCAUAUGUAACCUGAAGCAUAUGUAACUUGAGGUACCACUGUAAUAAUAAUAAUAAUAAUAAUACAUUUAUUAUUUAUACCCCGCCCAUCUGGCUGGGUCUCCCCAGCCACUCUGGGCGGCUUCCAAAAAAGUAUUAAAAUACAGUAGUCCGUUAAACAUUAAAAGCUUCCCUAAAGAGGGCUGCCUUCAGAUGUCUUCUAAAAGUCUGGUAGUUGUUCUUCUCUUUGACAUCUGGUGGGAGGGCGUUCCACAGGGCGGGCGCCACUACCGAGAAGGCCCUCUGCCUGCUUCCCUGUAACUUGGCUUCUCGCAGUGAGGGAACUGCCAGAAGGCCCUCGGCGCUGGACCUCAGUGUCUGGGCUGAACGAUGGGGGUGGAGACGCUCCUUCAGGUAUACUGGACCGAGGCCAUUUAGGGCUUUAAAGGUCAGCACCAACCCUUGUUCCUAUUUCUGUCAAGCAUUGCAUCCUGCGCUCAACCAUACAGCCAGCUUAUGAGGGAAAAUCUAGAGGCAGUGAAACAGCAGCAGGUUGGGAGAGUCCUAUAGCCUGCAGAAAUCCCCACAAAAUUCAAAGCAAAUCUCUCCAGCCUUUGCAGCAACCGGCCAGGAGCAUGGGAUGAGAGCCAUCAGAACAGAAUGUUGUCAGAGGCUCAGAGUCCUGCCAGCUUUAGAAGGGCUUAGGAAAUACUGUAUUAGAUUUUCCUUAUUGGAUUGCUGUAUUAGAAUGAGCUGUUCCCCAAAUCAAAAUCUUAGUGGAACGCAUUGUGGAUCGCUGCUUCUUUGGCUGGCUUUGAUCAGAUUACGUCAUAGGAAUGCUUACCCUGAAGUCAUUGUGGGUUUUGUUGUUGUUUCAAAGUAACCUACAGCAGCUGCAGGAAGCUGCAAUCUCGAUCAAAAAUUCACAAAGGGCUUUUCUAAUACAAAUCCUGCCCCUUUCUCCCCACUGAAUUAAACCCAGCGAGAAGGAAAAUACAGGCAUUUGAAACUUCACCCCACUAUGUGCCAAAAAGAAGCUCAGAGAAGAUUUUGAGCAGCGGGAAAGCCUAGCGGGAAAGAGAGAAGCACUCGCUUGUUACAUCUGGAUAUAUAACCCAGGUUGCUCUUCCUCAGUUUCUUGGGGUUUAAGAUGGACCAAACCAAACUGAUACAAUCUAUAUUGUGACAGGUGAAGCCUUUGCCACUGUUUGGACAAGUUGGGGCUUAUCCACACUUAGCUCUUGUUAUGUACUGAGUUGAAUAGGAUCCAAAAGGCAGCAGUCUGAUUGGUCCUAGAACAAUAGGAUUCAGAAUGCAGCAGUCUGAUUGGUCCUAGAACAAUAGGACCCAGAAUGCAGCAGUCUGAUUGGUCCACAGAAGCCACCUAAUCCAGCUCCAGGUGGAAGUGAAUCCGCAACCUGAUUGGCCUACAGGAGAAUCCCGGAAUUAGCCAAUCACGUGGGGCCCAUUGUGUAAUAAUAUAUAGUGGUACCUCAGGUUAAGUACUUAAUUCGUCCCAGAGGUCCGUACUUAACGUGAAACUGUUCUUAACCUGCAGCACCACUUUAGCUAAUGGGGCCUCCUGCUGCCGCCGGAGCACGAUUUCUGUUCUCAUCCUGAAGCAAAGUUCUUAACCCGAGGUAAUAUUUCUGGGUUAGCGGAGUCUGUAACCAGAAGCGUAUGUAACCCAAGGUACCACUGUAUAUAAAGCAGACAUUCUGGGGUAACUUCCAUUCCUCCUCACCACUAUGAGCUGAAUAAAGAGCAUGAAAUCCACUCUCAACUCUGAGUAUAUUUCAGCUCUCCUCUCACUGUUCUCUCUCUCUCUCUCUCUCUCUCUCUCUCUCUCUCUCUCCCUCUCUCCCUCUCUCCCUCUCCCUCUCCCUCCCUCCCUCCCCCACGCACCCCAGGGGAAAAUCACUCUAUCACUCAAUCGGAACAAACAACAAUUUGGUUUCCCCCAGACUAACCCUGCCAAGAAAGCUUGGGUCAAGCGCAAAACUGCUCAGAACCGUGUUUUCUAGGCACAGCACAAGUGAUGAGCCCUUGGUGUGAUGAUUGAAAGAUGAUUUCAUGAUAACCAUGAAAUAGGGUUCAUAUUCUAAGGGGAAGGGAUUUAAAGCUCACCCAGCCUCCAAAGAAGGAACAGUGUGGGUUUGGUGGAGGACUUGAAAACUGUGUGGGAAGAGACCCCAAAAGACAAGAGGAGCUGAGGGCCAGAAGCACCCUAUCUAGCGUAACUAAAAGAAGGAUGUAGAGUCAGCACAGUAGAUUGAGAGGGCUUCCUAAUGGGGGCCUUAUAUCACAAAUAGGUCAUAAAGACUUUAUUUUUCUGCAUGCAGAUUUGGUACAUUAGGUAAAGGUAAAGGGACCCCUGACCGUUAGGUCCAGUUGCGGAUGACUCUGGGGUUGCGACGCUCAUCUCGCUUUACUGGCCGAGGGAGUCGGCAUACAGCAUCUGGGAUAUGUAGCCAACAUGACUAAGCCGCUUCUGGUGAACCAGAGCAGCACACGGAAAUGUCGUUUACUUUCCCACCAGAGCGGUACCUAUUUAUCUACUUGCACUGGUGUGCUUUCGAACUGCUAGGUGGGCAAGAGCUGGGACCAAGCAACGGAAGCUCACCCCAUCGCAGGGAUUCAAACCGCCAACCUCCUGAUUGGCAAGCCCAAGGCUCAGUGGUUUAGACCACAGCGCCACCCGUGUCCCUUAUUUGGUACAUUAGCUUCCACAAAUUCCUGAUUUCGGUUUUUUUUAGCAGAGGGAGGAUUGCCUUCCCUUGGACCAUCCUUUGGAAUCCGUUUUGGGGCCAGGUGGAGAAACUGCGUGGGACGCAGGUGGUGCUGUGGGUUAAACCACAGAGCCUAGGACUUGCCAAUCAGAAGGUCGGCAGUUUGAAUCCCCACAAUGGGGUGAGCUCCCGUUGCUCGGUCCCAGCUCCUGCCAACCUAGCAGUUCGAAAGCACAUCACAGUGCAAGUAGAUAAAUAGGUACCGCUCCGGCGGGAAGGUAAACGGUGUUUCCGUGCGCUGCUCUGGUUCACCAGAAGCGGCUUAGUCAUGCUGGCCACAUGACCCGGAAGCUGUAUGCCGGCUCCCUCGGCCAAUAAAGCGAGAUGAGCGCCGCAACCCCAGAGUCGGUCACGACUGGACCUAAUGGUCAGGGGUCUCUUUACCUUUACCUUAGAGAAAGUGCAUGAGAUUUCUCCAUGUGCUGUUGCCAGACUGAAGCAGGGAUGAGACCUGUGAUCCUGCCUGCUCUGGGAGAUUCAUUUUUUAAAUAAAAAAACCUACAGGGGCAGCACAGAUGACUGUCACUGCAGCGGUUUUAGGUUUUAAUGGCUUAAUCGUCUGGCUUCUUGAGCUGGCAGAGAAUGGCUGAAAUAUCGUCAUGGAUUUUUUCACAAACCAGCAGAUCAUAAACUCCUCGAAGCUUUCUCCUGUCACUCAGGCAGCACACUCCCAUGGGGCCAGUAGAAUCCAAGACCCUAGUUGCUUUGGGGGGCUGAAAAAGCCCUUAGAAGGAAUGCCAGGACCUGGUUUGCAAGCACAUUUCCAAAUAAAGAGGCAAGCUGGCGCCAAGGUUGCUUUUCCCAGAGGUACAUAAAAACCCAAAUACUGGUGACUCGUUGUUCGCCAUGGUCGGUAUAAGUUUCCACAGCAUUAACAUACAGUCCAACAGAGAUGAAAAUAGAGAUAUUCAGAUCAGGUAAUAUCCGCUAUCAAUGAUCACUUUCAGAGCAUCCUCCUGUCGGACACCACUCCACGUUGCUGCAAGCUCUGCUCGGCUUGCUGAACACUAUAUUCAUUAGGUCUGCAACAGUUUGUUCUAUGUUGCUUUCAGAAACAGAAUCUGUUGUUGACAAACUUACCAUUAACUUUUAAAAAAAAAGUUUGAUGGACUUUGCAGCCUUAUCUGUACAUGCUUGCUUUGAGGUGUGCACAGAACCAAAGCCUUUGGUGGAAUAGGCAUUGUCACCCUCCUCACAUUCCAUGAUAAGAUAACCAUGGUUGCAAUCUUACGCACACAUCGUUGGGACAAUAUUUUGCCAGGGGUGGGUAGCAGAAAAUCAGGAUAUUGGCCAGGUUUGUACAUCGCAAGAAGUCAGGUUUGUCUUAAAAUGUGGUUUGCUCAUGAACAUGCUCCCGGUAUCCCAUCCUGGCACAUCUCAAAGAAGCUAUAUUAUGCCUUGCCUUGUUUCAACCCACUAUGAUCAGCAAGCCAGAAUUAAACCUUGGUUUUCUUUGAAACAAACACUCCGACUGGAGAGAGCCAAGCUCACAAGGGGCAGAAUAGAGACCUAUGUGGUAGGAGGGCAGCAGAGAGGAGCAAAUCCAUUCCUAUCAAACCAUGGUUUAAGACAAAUUUUGACUUGUUAUGUCUAGAUCUGGUCUUUGACAGCUUGCAAUCAAAACUAGUAAGAAAAUUAAAAGAGCCCUUUCUUAAUUCCAGUUCCACGUCUUGGUCGGGGCGGGUUUGCCCUAUUUCACCACCUGCAGUGAAAUUAAAAGGUGCUGCUGUGCUACCCCCGCUGAAGCCUCCCUUACCUGAGUUGCAUGCUGGCGCCUGUGAAGCAGCAGUGGCAGGUUCCAGUGAGAACUUGUGGAGCCCUCUUGAGAUAUCACAAGAUUUGAGCAAGAUCUUGUGACAUCUUGCCAGUGCCACUUCUCUGUUCGUGGUGUGGGCCUGUAAGGGCACCGCGUUUUUGGACUUCCACCAUUGGCCUUGUCCUGGUUCCACAUAUGUUACCAUUAAACACCCCUGAAAAUUACAGUGGAACCUUGGGUUGCGAACGUGAUCCGUGUGGGAGGCACGAUCGCAACCCGCAGUGCUGCGUCUGCGUAUGCACAUGAUGCGAUUCGGCAUUUCUGCGCAUACGUGAGCGCCGAAACCCAGAAGUAACCCGUUCCGGUACUUCUGGGUUUGGUGCGUCCGUAACCCGAAAACGCACAACCCACGGCGUUCACAACCCGAGGUAUGACUGUACAAGCAUUCCAAAGAACAGAAGUGCAAGCAACAUACCAAACAAUUUGCACCCCAUUGUUGAAAGAUUUGUGUGUGUGUGUGUGUGUGUGUGUGUGCACGCCUACAGGCACCUUCCCACUUGUGCAUGAUCACAAGCACAUGACCGCUGAUGUGCACACUGUUUUGGUCACUGAAAGGGGUGUGUGGCAGGGGCAGAAUGGGGUGAACCGGGUUGGAAUGGACUGACGCGCAGUGGUCAUGAAUGGAACCCCCAUUAGCAGGAAUUCCCCUGUAUGUAGAAAAUUAACAAAGAAAUGAAAGCCAGCUUCAGUUUCGCAACUCCUUGCUGCCACAUAGAAACUAGCUUGAACAUACUUAAGAAUUUCAGAAUUAAUGUGUGCAGAUAGCAGAAUUUAAGGCAGAAAUGAGUGCAUUUGGAUACAAUAUUGCAUGCAAUGUUGUUUUGUUAAUGUUGUGCAAAUAUUUUGCCUUUCCUUGGUGAUGAAAAUGAGCAGAUCUUGACCAUAAUGCUUCAUCGUGAUCUGAAUUGCUGUACUCCUUAGCUGUCCAUGAACCUUACUUCUCAAAGUAAACAAUGAGUAAACAUAAAAGGCCCUGCUGGAUCAGACCAAAGGGGCCAAUCUAGUCUAACAUUCUGUUUCCAGAGGUGGAUUUAGGGCAAGGCACAGGGUGCACAGUGCACAGAGCCUAGGACUUGCUGAUCAGAAGGUCGGCUGUUCGAAUCCCCGCGACGGGGUGAGCUCCCGUUGCUCGGUCCCUGCUCCUGCCAACCUAGCAGUUUGAAAGCAUGUCAAAGUGCAAGUAGAUAAAUAGGUACCCCUCUGUCGGGAAGGUAAACAGUGUUUCUGUGCUCUGCUCUGGUUCGCCAGAAGCAGCUUAGUCAUGCUGGCCACAUGACCCAGAAGCUGUCUGUGGACAAACGCCGGCUGCCUUGGCCAAUAAAGUGAGAUGAGCGCCACAACCCCAGAGUCGUCCACGACUGGACCUAAUGGUCAGGGGUCCCUUUACCUUUACCUUUUACAGAGUGCUGAGCCAAAAAGGCACGUUCCCACCUCCCUCCCAAAGCCUAGUUAGUCCAUGUCCAGCUUUGAGAAGGAGCUGAGAGGGCUCUAGGAUCCUGCCAGAGCCUUGCACCUCCUUUCCAAAGCCCAGCACCUUGCUGAGCCAGCUUCAGGAAGGCAGCAUAAGGGUUGAGUGUUUGUGUGUCAAAUUUUGACCUCACACUGGGUGCCAUAUUACCAAGGUCCUCCCCUGCUCCUUCCCACAGUGACCACCUGCGAGAUUGGCUGUGAGAAGCCCCACAAGAAGGAAUCGUGAGGGCGAUAAUCCUCUCUUGCUGCUGUUUACUCCCUAUUGCAUUCAGCGCUAUGCUGCUUUCGAUACUGAACGUAAUAUGUAGCUAUCAUCACUAGUAGCCAUUGACUGUCUUAUCCUCAAUUAAUUCUCCUAAUCCCUUGCAAGCCUUAACAGGCCCUUCUCUGAAAUGCAGAUUGAAGCCUUCUGCUAAAAAAGGCUUUCCAGGUCUGCUGUCAUUUGCAGAUGCAAACAUGAUCAAAAGGCUGGACACUAGCAUCACUUUAGUGACCAGAGCUUCACCAGAUAUUGGACCUAAUUCCAAAAUACUCUGUUCCUUUACAGCUAGCACAAAAAUACGACCCCCAGAAGGAGCAUGAACUGCGGCAAUGGAUUGAGGAGCUGACCGGGAAGCGCAUCGGAGAAAACUUUAUGGAAAGUCUGAAAGAUGGAGCCAUCCUUUGCGAGUAAGGAACUAGGGGUGGGGGACAUGUUUGGUAACCUCCAAGAGUCUUGGGGGCUUUUUUGAAGGGUGGACACUAAAGAAUAUCACCACCCAAACGCUGGCACCCAGAACCGGCAGCUGUUGUUAUGAUAAGACAAGUUGUAUGACAGGACCAGGCAGUACAUAACCUACAGGAUAAAAGGUGCCCAACGCUGGCAAGAGACAAGAGUUUAAGAGCGUUCAUAGCGGGUUUGAAUAAUGCACACCCAUGAGGCAAGGUGGGGCAGUUGCUUCAGGACAUCACACUUCAGGUAACUGGAAGGGACAGCAGAUCCUGCCUCUGUGAAGCACACCCUACGCUUCUUGGGACACGGGUGGCGCUGUGGUCUAAACCACUGAGCCUCUUGGGCUUGCCAAUCGGAAGGUCAGCGGUUCGAAUCCCCACCAUGGGGAGAGCUCCCGUUGCUCUGUCCCAGCUCCUGCCAACCUAGCAGUUCGAAAGCACACCAGUGCACACCAGGUCAUCGGCCUGACUCUGCAAAUAAGCUACACAGCUGAAGCAUGAAGAUUAAUGUAAGGUUGCCAUGUUUCAAGAAGUAAAAAUCCAGACACAAAAGUUUGUUUGUUUGUUUGUUUGUUUAACUUAUAUACUGCCCUAUACUCGGAGGUCUCAGGGCAUUUCGCAGAAAAGAUCACAAUAUAUAAAAUCAAAUAUCAAAUUAAGAGCAAUAACCCAAGAACACCACCCUCCAUAAAGAGCCACAUUUUUAAAAGGAAGUUGAGCUUUUUAUGGGAAAUCAACCAAAAAAGGCAAAGAGUGAUACACACACGCCACACACUUUCUAGUUCUGCUGGCAAAAACCCAAAGGUUUUGUCAAUUUUUCAAAAUCCGCCCCCCCCCCCCCGAUGCAAAUAUCACUAUUGGAAUCUCGGGAAAAACUGGAUGUGUGGCAACCCUAACUAACAGAAAUUAUGUUGAUGGAUUUUACAGAAAAAGUCCAGCUGUCAUAAGAACUUUCAGGCCAGCCGCAAUGCUAGGUUUUACAUAAAAUGUUCUGGCAACCAGCCCAGAGGUCAAACAACCUAGCUGAUGGUUGGUGUUUUUCCCUGGUCGUUUGGCAAUCCUACUCACCACCCCGGCCAAUUGGCAGAGAGGUGGACUCAUUCCUGCCUUCCUUGAGACUGCUUUACCUAUUUAUCAUUUUGAAUAUUAAAAAAAAUUAAAAAUCUCUCUGACAAAUGAGCUCAACACCACUCAAACUUAGAAAGCAACACCUGCCAUCCUCUUAUUUCCCUCUAGCAUCAAGCUAGAUUUGUAAAAACUUGUCUUCCUCCUAAAGAUAGUUUGAUAGUUGGAAAGAAAAAACAAAAAUGGGAAAAUUCAGCAAUAAUCAUCAACUGGUUUUUGUUGUGAGUAGUAAGAGAUUUUAAUUGCCUUGUUUUAAACAAGAACGUAUCAGAAGAUAAUAUAGCAAUUGAAUAGGAUUGCUGUUCAUCUUUUUAUUAUGUUUUAUUAUAUUUUCUAUGUUUGUUUUUUUGUAACCAUCAUCUUGCAGCUUGAGCAAUGGAUCAUGCAGACCUUUAUGUGAUCCAGAGGAUCUACUUGUAAACUGAAAAGCAGCAGUAUUCAUUACCCAAUUCUACAAUAAGGAAUGAUCCCAGUGUUUCUAUAUAACAAGGAGCAUUCUUUCUGCUGAUUGUAUUAUAAGCAUAGCUGUCAACGUUUCUCCUUUUUUAAGGGAAAUUCCCUGAUUCCGAAUAGGAUUCCUUGCAAGAAAAGGGAAAAGUUGACAGCUAUGAUUAUAAGUACAUUUUAGGGCUGCUGCAUAUACAAGCUGUUUUCUAUACGGAGGUUCCCUGUGUAUAGAAAAAGUGUGGUGUAGGGGUUAAGAGCAGUGGACUCGUAAUCUGGUGAACCAGGUUCGAUUCCCUGGCUCCUCCACAUGCAGCUGCUGGGUGACCUUGGGCUAGUCACACUUUUCUGAAGUCUCUCAGCCUCACUCACCUCACAGAGUGUUUGUUGUGGGGGAGGAGGGGAAAGGAGAUUGUUAGCCGUUUUGAGACUCCUUCAGGUAGUGAUAAAGCAGGAUAUCAAAUCGAAACUCUUCUUCUUCUUCUUCUUCUUCUUCUUCUUCUUCUUCUUCUUCUACCAAAGUACGGUGUCGAAAUAAAUUAAAAAAUAUAAAAAUUGUCCAGUAGCACUUAGAGACCAACUAACUUUGUUCUGGGUAUACGUUUUCGUGUGCAUGCACAAUUCUUCAGUAUGGUGUGUUCUUACAUCAAAAGAGUUGCAGAUUGGGAAGUCUUGAAGGAGAAACACACGGCACAUGAAGUAAUCCUUACACUGAGCAGCACACACAACACUUAAGAAAUAAACUUCCUUUUCCCAUUUCCGUCUUUCAGCCUCAUUAACAAACUCCAACCUGGAUCUGUGAGGAAGGUGAACGAGUCCACACAGAACUGGCACCAGGUAAACAUUCCCUCUAAUUUAUUGCUUAAUCCAUGUAUCCCUCAUUAAGUUUGCCUCUCCAAAUCCUGCUUUGGAAAAGGAUGAGCUGAUUAAAAAAACUUUAAUGAUGCACCAGGCAUCAAAUUCUGCAUUAAGAGUUCCUUGGCCAAGCUUUUUCUCUAUGGCCAUCAGCUUUAUCUCCCACAAAAGGCUUCUGCACGAUCACACAAAAUAACGUGCCCCAAUCGCAUUUUGCUCUUUGACUUUUGUCCAUUAUUCCUGCGAGCCUUGAUUUACCAAUGUAUGUGCAUGUGUGGGGGAAAGAGAGGGCCUGAGCUAAAAAGAGGGUGCUCUCUCCAGAGAAGGGGAAUAUGUGAGAAUCUGGCAAUAUCUGCAUGGCCACAGAGCUAUCUGCUCAAAUGCCACUGUCCAUUGCCAGUGGGGUAUUUGUGGAAGGCAGUCAUUGCCUGGACAAGCACGCUAGGGUAAGAAAAGACCCAGCAGAUUAUUCAUUGGCCUCUCCUCUUUUGCAGCUGGAGAACAUUGGCAACUUCAUUAAGGCAAUCACAAAAUAUGGAGUGAGGCCCCACGACAUCUUCGAAGCCAACGACCUCUUUGAGAACACAAACCACACCCAAGUCCAGUCUACUCUGAUUGCUCUGGCUAGCAUGGUAAGUGGCCUGGGACCCCCACUGCCCACUUUUCCUGGUAAAAAUGCAAGUAGUGGUGAUGGAACAGCAAUUAAUAAGAGUGAUAAAAGUGUUUCACAAACACGUCCUCAGUAAUUUUUUUCAGCCAACAUCAUCCCCAUAUUGCAUAUGGAGUCAAGAGAACAGUCGCUUGACUGAGGCCACCUGGAGAGUUCAUGGCUUGAGAUAAGAUUCAAAUAGGAGACCCUUAGUUUGUGGCUCUCACUACCACUGGCUCUGAUUCAAUAUGGGAUGGCAGCAGAGACAGGCGAUAUCUGGUUUUCAACAUCACAAUAUAUCACCAGCUAAACAUCACGAUAUACUGAUAUAUCACAAUGUCUGAAAUAAGGAUAGAGCUGGUUUUCAACUUCGUGAUAUAUCACCAGCUAAACAUUGCAAUAUACAGUUGUACCUUGGAAGUCAAACGGAAUCCGUUCUGGAAGUCUGUUCAACUUCCAAAACAUUCGGAAACCAAAUCAUAGCUUCUGAUUGGCUGCUGGAAACAAUCACUUCCGGGUUUGCAGCGUUCAGGAGCCAAAAUAUCCAAGUUCAAGGGCAUUCGGGAUCCAAGGUAUGGCUGUACUGAUAUAUCACAAUGUCUGAAAGAUAGAGCUGGUUUUCAACUUUGUGAUAUAUCACCAGCUAAACACCGCGAUAUACUGAUAUAUCACAAUGUCUGUAAUGAGGAUGGAGCUAUGUAGAGGCAUUGGCUGGCUUCACUGUUUUUCCCACAUUGUGACUUGCACACACCCACUCCCCAAGCUUCGCAAUAUAUUGCCGCAUCAAAAAUUAUGAAAUGGGUAUCAUGGUAUGGGCUUUUGGAAAAUAUAUCAAUAUAUCGCCCAGCUCUAGAUGGCAGCAACAUGCAUUAGCAAUGUCACCUGUAUGCUGUGCGCUAGUCUACACUUGUUACGUUUGCUCAGCCUUUGUCCCUUUCCCUUAAAGGGCAAUGCUUAUUUUCCUCUCUGACACUGGUGGGCAAUGGGAACUCUCAUCUCAAUAUCUAGAGCUUACUGUACUUUUCCGUGUAUAAGACGCCCCCUAUUUUGGGGGACUAAAUUUAAAGAAAAUGAGGGGAGAUGGCCCAAAGUUGUUGAGCUUUUUUUAAGGGGGAAUUGCAUGCACGCCAUCACCCCAGGAGGGCUGUUGCUGGGAGGCUGGCAAAGUGGGCAGCCGCUCCCCCCACGCCACUGCGGGCGGGAAGCUCCCUAGAGCACGGGCCGCCAACCAGUUGGCUGGCGGUGCACAGCUUCCCCUCCACUGCGCUGUGGGAAACACUCCCUAGAGCACGCACCUCCCGCAGCGGCAUGGGGGGGGGAUUGUGCGCCUGCCAACCAGCACCCAUCUCCCCCACGCCCCGCCACUAUCCAUGUAAAGGACGACCCCAGUUUUUUGACAUGAUUUCUGAGUCAAAAAACUUUGUCUCAUACAUGGAAAAAUAUGACAUGUUUGGUCAGCAAGGCUCAGCCCCAGAAUGUGUCUGCAAUUUAAGAUCCUAAGCCCUGGAAUAUAAAGUGAGCUUUUCCUCCCACAACCUAUUCCCACCCUCUUAGAACUUAAGGCACAGAGAUUCUAGGACAGGUGACCACCUCUCAUUUUAAGAAAAGCCGCUUCAAAAUUAAGUGCUGAGGCCUGGCCCAUCUGAUCCAAGCUACAAUAAGCCCAGCAGGUCUGAGCAAGGAAUGCCACCUGCUGGUCUCAGCAAGAGUUCAAAGCAGAGCCCUCCUCACUCUUGGAAAAGCAGAAGCUUCUGCUAUAUAUCUGAGAGGACAAACUUGCAUCUUACCUGUUAUGUACUGAAGUUCUCACCCUGGGCCAGCAGGGGGAUACUGUAGAUAGUUAUGCAAAUAAGGGAUCGAAAGUGACGUUCAGUGAUUGGAUAGUUUUAGAAAAUUGUUACAGUUACGUUGUACUGGAGCUCUAUAUAAGCAGGCUGACUGAACCCUUCAGUUCAGUUCUGUCCUGGCCUGUGAAUAAACAAGAGCUGUUUGAAGAAUCGCUGUGUCGUCUGAUAUGUUCACCCACAACUUAACAUUACCCUUUAGGCAUUAGCACAGGGCAAGGGCAAAACUUGAAGGGAUUUCUGCCUCUUGCUUUCCUACAGGCCAAGACGAAAGGCAUCAAGGUGAACAUGGGCGUGAAAUACGCUGAGAAACAUCAGCGCAAAUUCCUGCCUGAAAAGCUGAAGGAAGGACGGAACAUAAUCGGGCUGCAGGUAUGUGACUCCAGAACUUCCUGCUGAUUUAUUCAGUAGGGAAUUCUUCCCAACAGAAGAUAAAUGGACUGCAAGGAUGUCCCAAAGGACCAUUAGUGUAGUCAUGCCCAGGGCCGGAUUUAGGUUUGAUGAGGCCCUAAGCUACUGAAGACAAUGGGGCCUUUUAUAUGUCCAGCUGUCCUUUGCCAACAACAAAUUGUUGCUGUUUUUUGUGUUUAAUAUAUGCUAUAUGGUAACUUAUGGACCUAAAGCCAUAAAUUAUCUAAAGCCAUUUGCACAUGCUGCCACCCUGGAACAGCUCCCUCUCUCUGAAACUCAGACAGAGAGAGGUACAGUGGUACCUCGGGUUACAGACACUUCAGGUUACAGGCGCUUCAGGUUUCAGACUCUGCUAACCCAGAAAUAGUACCACGGGUUAAGAACUUUGCUUCAGGAUAAGAACAGAAAUCGGGUUCCGGCGGCGCGUCGGCAGCAGGAGGCCCCAUUAGCUAAAGUGGUACCUCAGGUUAAGAACAGUUUCAGGUUAAAAACGGAACUCCAGAACAAAUUAAUUUCUUAACCCGAGGUACCACUGUAUUCCAGUGGCAGCAGAAACAGUGACGGGGUGUGUGGGGCAAGGUGCUGCCUCUUGCACUUCCGCCACCUGAGGCAGCUGCUUAACCCUGCCUUAUGGAUGGGCCAGCUCUGCGUUCCACUUGAGCAUUUCAAAGACACAGAUGAUAGCACAAAUGUAUGGGAAGCUGGCUUAUGAGCACUGCAUUGCCACCUAGAGGCAGAAGGUGAUACUAAAGAUGCUUUUUAAUAGGGGUUUAGAUAGGGUUGCCAUAAGGGACGCGGGUGGCGCUGUGGUCUAAACCACAGAGCCUAGGGCUUGCUGAUCAGAAGGUCGGCGGUUUGAGUCCCCCUAGCAGUUCGAAAGCACGUCAAAUGCAAGUAGAUAAAUAGGUACCACUCCAGCGUGCGCUGCUCUGGUUCGCCAGAAGCGGUUUAGUGAUGCUGGCCACAUGACCCAGAAGCUGUCUGCGGACCAAUGCCAGCUCCCUCAGCCUAUAGAGCGAGAUGAGCACCGCAACCCCAAAGUCCAUCCACGACUGGACCUCAUGUCAGGGGUACCUUUACCUUUUAGGUAGGGUUGCCAUAUGUCUGGAAUUUCCAGAACGUAGCCGGCAUUCAGCCAUUGGAAACAGCGCCUGGGUGGAAUCACUUAAAUGUCUGGAAGUGUAUAUAUUGGUGAAUUUCCUUAAAAAUAGCUCCAAAACUUCAUUAAUUUUGCAAAAAGCAAAAAAAACCACAAAAAACCAGAAAACUCAAAAACAUUGGGCAAAACUAAAAACAACAUUUGCCCCCUACCCCCGGGUUUUCACUUUUUGAAAUAUGGCAACCCUAGUUUAUAUGGAAAAUAAUUGUGUACAGCUGCAAACACUGGCAGCAUUAAGACAAAUGCAACAGUGUAAAAAAUUGGUAUAGUUUUUGUAAAAUAUGCAGGGAUAUAAAAUAUGCAAAAUGAACCAUGGAAAGAGAUGAAGGGAAGUCAUUGAUAUCUUAAGUAUGUAAAAUGUUUAUCUGAAAUUGUAAAACAGAAAAUUUAAUAAAAAUCAUAUUUUUUUAAAAAAAGAAGCCUUACACAACCUACCGAUGCAAUAUGGCCAGGCUAUUCCAGACAUAGUCUACAGGAAUGUGAUGGGAACAAAUUACAGGAACACCCCCCAGCUGUAAGAUCUUCCUGAAAUCUGGAUGAAAUCCGUGACAGAACCAGAAAUAAAUGGAAUUCUACAUUGUCUAAGUGGCAGGGUAGGGUUGGGGCUUUCCAUCUGUGGGUAGCUGGAUGGGGACCACUCUUCUAGGGAGACUUGGAGGAGACAGAACGACCAGUCUAACUGUCAACACUGUUUUUGCUUCCUAGAUGGGCACCAACAAGUUUGCCAGCCAGCAGGGCAUGACAGCAUAUGGCACACGUCGGCACCUCUAUGACCCUAAGCUGGGCACAGACCAACCUUUAGAUCAAGCCACCAUCAGUCUACAGAUGGGAACCAACAAGGGGGCUAGCCAGGUAAGAAAUGGAGGGGGGGAACAAGAAUAAAUAUGUGUGUUGACUAUUUAGUAUUCCAGCUCUAGCUGGAGUUUCCCCACGACUGCAAUGGUGGCCUUGAAGGACUUCUCCUGGUGCCCACGAAGUAUCUCUGCAACAUUCCUUGCCCCCUACCCUCUUCAUCAUGAGGUGGCAAGGGGGUCUUUGUUUUUUCCUCCUUGAAAAGCUCAGAGCCGAAGGACUCUGUGCCACUCUUUCCCAUUCCCUCUUUUAGCUCUAUGUGCUUCUCAAGGCUCAGAGGGCAUCCAGGCAGUUGAACCAUAGGAACUGGAGCAACUAAGAGAAAGGUAGGGAUGCGGGUGGCACUGUGGUCUAAACCUCUGAGAUUAGGGCUUGCCGAUCAGAAGGUCGGCAGUUCGAAUCCCCGUGACAGGGUGAGCUCCCAUUGCUCGGUCCCAGCUCCUGCCAACCUAGCAGUUCAAAAGCACAUCAGAGUGCAAGUAGAUAAAUAGGUACCACUCCAGCAGGAAGGUAAAUGGCAUUUCCAUACGCUGCUCUGGUUUCGCCAGAUGCGGCUUAGUCAUGCUGGCCGCAUGACCCAGAAAAACUGCCUGCAGACAAAUGUCAGCUCCCUUGGCCAGUAAAGCGAGAUGAGCGCCGCAACCCCAGAGUCGUUCACAACUGGACUUAACUGUCAGGGGUGCUUUACCUUUACCUUUUUAAGAGAAAAAGGAAACCACCGAGGGUGCAGUGGGUGAACUGGUCAGGGGACAAAAUAGUGUGUGCUGCAGGGAUCAGAAGAAUGUAGUGCCAGGCAACCAGAAGGUGCACUCACAAAAGUUGGAUCCAGUAAGAUGUAUUCUCUUGAAAUGACAUAUUUUCCCCAAUAGUUCACCCAGCCUGUCCACCACCAAAUCACAGAUCACACCUGUCUCUAUUGGCUGCACUGUAAAAAUCACAGAUCCAGUACCUCCCAGUGCUUCCAUGGUUCACAUGGAUACAAGGCACAAAUCCUCAUGGAUCUGUAAGAGAUUCUCAAAACCACCAUCAAAUCUCAGGUCACCUCUGUACCAACUGAUGUAUUCUGCAAUUUACUGGUGGCUUUGUUGUCCUUCUUUGGGGAAAAAAAUCUAUGAGGAGCCAUGUUUUUGUGGUUCAUUUUUUUUAAUACUAUGCAGUCUUCCAGUGGAAGGUUUGUUUUGAUUGUGGCUUUGGUGGGAUCCAAAUUUAAGAGUAUGGUUUAAUUCUGCUGGAUCUAACUUCUAUCCAGACCCCAUGGAACAAUAAAGUGUGUGUGUGUGUGUGUGUGUGUGUGUGUGUGUGUGAUUUCUUUGUCUGGGGUAAGGUAAAGUGUCAUGAGGGAGCAUGGGAAGAAACAGAGGAGGUGGUACCCAGAACACUCUCUCAACAUUUCAAAUGUGGCCACAGGGCCUAAAGUUGAUGGCACCUGAAAGAGAUGAAAAAAUAGCCUUAGACACAGUAAGAUGGUGUAAAAUCCUCAAAAGACAGUCCCAGUGUCCCAGUUAGAUAUUUUGCAGUGCUGGGUUACAUUCUUUUUCUCUGUAAAAAAACCCCAAACCCUCAUGACUCUGGGAAAGGCACCAUCUUUUGCACUCUGUUUUGCAUGCUCUCCCACCAAGUGGAACACCACCAGAUUAUCCUCACUAUGGCAGAAGCACAACAGGCAAACUGCAGCUGUUCUUAGAAAUGUCACAGAUGUAAUGAAGUACAGCAGCAGUGUUAAGAAGAAGUCAGUUUCUGGGAACAGAUGGGAACGUGUGUUACUACUUAGGGGUCUAUUUAUAUAUAACUGCCUGUCUACAAGAGCAAGGGGCAUCCCUUGUGGGUUCUAAGCAACACCCCCUUGUGGACCAUUCAUAGAUUACUGUGCAUUAAGCACUUUUGUACAACUAGGUUUUUAGGCAUAAUGCAAAAAAAAAAAAAGGGUACUCUGCCAAGAAGAGACAAUGCUGCUGCUGUUUUGGGUACCGGAUUAUUUAACCCGGGAUAAACCAUUCCAAAAGAGUCCAUGAUUCUUUUUGAGCCAAUUGCCUUGUUUUGAAAUGCUAUCUUACAGCAGCCUUGGAAACAUGUGAGCUGAAGUUGAAGCAACUUCAGGCCAGGUGGGGGCAGUUAUCUCAAGAAGAUACCAUUGCCAGUAAACAAGUCCUAGCUUGUUCUUUCCUCAUAAUCCAGAAAGCAGGUACUGCUAAUCUCAAGUGUUCCACGAGUACUUUUAGGUCCCCAAGAAGAUCAAGGUAAACUCAGAAGAGCUAUUUGAGGUAUUUGUUGUGCUAGAAAGCAAAUAAGCUCAGCCUUAAUGCAAGGAGAGGAAGAUGAGGGAUGUUCAAACCGGAAAACCAAACUUUUGCUUGGCAUCCCAUUGACACUAAUAAAGUUGAACUAAGUACAGUGGUACCUUGGUUCUUGAACUUAAUCUGGUCUGGAAGUCCGUUCCAAAACCAAAACAUUCCAAAACCAAGGCGCGCUUUCCCAUAGAAAGUAACGCAAAACAGGUUAAUACGUUCCAGGCUGUUGAAAAACUACCCCUAAAAUGCUUCUCCCCACAGCCCCAAUCAGAGCAAUCUCUCUAAAAACGGAAGUGCAACACUAAAAACAGAAGCUCAGGACACGUUCAACUUCCAAAAAAAAUUUGAGAACCGGAACGCUCACUUCCAGGUUCCAAGUUGUUCAUGAACUAGGCUGUACGAGAACCAAGGUACCACUGUACCAGCAGAGAGGGUAUGAAGGGGGCCUCAUGCGAAUCCUGCUCUGCUUUCCAUUCUUCUCCUUAAGACGUUUUACACUCCCAGGUUCACCAUUUCCUCUCUUCUUCUUCCUCCUCCACCCAUAUCCAUCCCUAGGCGGGCAUGACGGCCCCUGGAACCAAGCGGCAGAUUUUUGAGCCCGCCCUGGGCAUGGAGCACUGUGACACCCAGAACAUCUCCCUGCAGAUGGGCAGCAACAAAGGGGCAUCGCAGCAGGGCAUGACUGUGUAUGGGCUGCCGCGGCAGGUCUACGACUCCAAGUACUGCCUCACACCCAACUAUGCCAUGAUCGGAGAAGAUGAAGGCCAGUACAACCACAGCCAUCAUAACUUCUACAACUCAGAAUAGCCAGCAGGAAUCAUGGGACGGACAUAGAACAGAGACACCAGCACUUAAAAAAAAGAAAAAGAAAAAAAAGGGGCACUUCCCAAACAGGAGAUCCACCAUCAGGUGGCUAUUUUCACCUGGGAAUAUAAGAAGAUCCAGACAGUUCCCUAAACUGCUAACCAGCUCACUAGAGACUCUUCAAACCAUGCCAAAGCCAAGUCUCCCCUCCAAGUCUCCACCGAGCCUUAAAAGCUUCACUUCGAUCCCUUUCACGCUUUAUUUAAUGUAUGACGUACUGCCACUACUUUUAAGCAUGCACUGAUGUGGCUCAAAGCCACUAGGAUGGAAUGUUACAGUAAAAAUAAUAAUAAUAAUAAUCUAAUGGGUUGGGAGAAGCAAAUACGAGGCAAUGAGCACUCUUGAUUUCUCCCUCUUUCUCUUUCCUGAACAAGAGCCAUCAGUCAUCUCUUCCCUGUGGCUUGUGGCAGCUCCUGCUGCUGCUGUUUUGGGUCAAGGCAGAAGCAGGCAAUCAAAGGCACAGUUUCUGUUGGUGAACAUAUUGCCUACUGCACUCUGUUUUGUACCAUAACAGAAGCCGUUCUGGUACAAGCCCCAUCAUCUGCCUUGCUCUGUCUACAACCAGGUUAGGGGCAAAUUGGCAAGCCCCCCCCCCCUGCCUACUUUGCCAGGGGUUCCAGUCAUUUUUGCUUCCUAAAUACUAAUAGUUUGUAGAAAAGCACCAGUGAACUGAAUCAGCUAUUGGCUUCCUGGAAACGGAACGUAUUUAGGUAGAGUAUGUGAACUGCGGAGGGAGACUGUAGAAGGAGGUUGGACGCAUCUAACCAGUAAAGGGGUAUGUUCACAGUGUCUGAAGUUAUCCCAAGAUUCAUGUGAGAGAUCAUUUGGUGAGAAUUACACACAAUUGUAAACCAAAGCCGUUCAUCUUCUACAUCUUUAGGGAGAAUCUGGAAAAUAACUUACCAGGUUAUCAGUAAUCUAGUCUUCACUAAAAAGGAGAGACAGAGAAUUUAUAGUCCUAAUGGUUCUUGACUGAGCUCCAUUAUGCAGGCAACUUCUACAAAAACAAUCUAGCGCUCAGAAAUUGGAAUUUCCCAGAAAUGCAUGGCAACUUAUCCAUUCCUCCUCCUGAAUGCCUCUUGUUUACCAAUGGUUCUCCUAUCAAGUAAGCCACUUCCUUGCCAUCAAUCUCAUUUAUCUCCAGCACACACGCCCAAUUUCAUAGUAAAUAACGGAAAUCAAAGCAAUUCCAUGCACUGCAAGCGCAUUUACACACAUUCUGGAGAAGAAAUUUAAAAUUCCAGAGGUACAGAACAUGAACAGCCUUCAAUAAGGCUGGCAGAAGUGCCAUGGGACUAAUUCAUGUUUGAAACUAAAAUGCUUCUAUUAACUAAGAUUCACAUGCUUCAAAUGAAGACAAAUGAUUCACCUGCUAUAAAGCCAAAGCCAGUUUUGAGAUAGGCCUAACCACAGAAGACCAAAAUAAAUCCUACUGAAUUUACUUACACAAGUAAAUUUGGCUUGUGAUAGCACUAUCACCCAGUUCAAUACGUGCUCUGUACUCGAUUAACAGCAUGGAUUUUAAACUUGCAUAAAUUUGCAUAUAUCACAAUAGCCCUGAAGGGGGAGGGAAAGCAUUUACUUUUAUUUCCACCUGCGUGAGGACCAAGGAGGAAUGCUCUUAUAAGAAGCCCCCUGCCACCACCUAUGGAUUUAUAAUCAUUUACAUUUAAAAGCAAUUUUCCAACAAGUCUCCUCUAACUGACCAAAGCAUUUGAUUAAUCAGUUGGAUUAGUUGUCCAAAGAUGGCAGUCUUGGUUAAGGAUUGGGGUGCUUAUCUACGUGCGUGGCAUCCAAGUUAGAACAGGAAAAAGUUCGCUUCACUAACUGCAUCACCUGGUGGCAAAUCUAGUUUUUAGCCGGGGGCACUUGCUCCAUAGCUGUCAACUUUCAGAUUUGAAAAUAAGGGAUCAGCAGCCUCACCUGUCCCAGGGACAGUCUACAGGAUAUCUAACAAUCCGGGAUAGCAGAGGGAAGCAGCGGGAAACGGCACUGGAAUAAGGGAAUUUCCCGCCAAACGAGGGAAGGUUGACAGCUAUGACUUGCUCACUGAUUAGCACUGUAGUUAGUAUGUGAUACCAGAUAUUGUUAUAAACCAACACUGGGGGGAAAUGCCAAAGUCUAUAUUGCCAACGAAAGCAGCUGCCGUCUUUAAAUCCUGCCCCUGCCCCUCGCUUCUCUCACUGGGGUCAGAGGUGCUCUACAUAUUGAGCAGCUAAGACACACCCAAAAAACCCCACUCUAAAACAUUUUUUGUUAUGUUCUGCUAAUGACCACUUUUUAAUUUCACUGCAGCACAAUAAAAAUGAGAAAAAAAAACCACUUUUCUAAUAUGAUUGGAGGUCUUCCUUAUCCCUUGGUCAGAGGUUUUCAACCUUUUUGAGUCCACAGCUCCCUUGACCAACUCCGUUCUUUCUGCGGCACCCCUGUGGGGCUCAGGAGCCCAGUUAUGUCACCCCUUGCCUGCAGAGCUGGCAGCCUCUCACCCUUUUUCAAACACCCUUGUGGAGGGUUCCUUCAGCCUCCUCUCUCUUUUCCCUUCUCAUUGGGGGUCCUCUGGGCAGCUGGCGCCCCUGGUCUCUGAUCUGCGCCCCCCCUGCCCCAAAGAGAGGUGCCUUCUCACACUGCCCCACAGGGGCCUGGGAGGCAUCUCCUGGGCAGUUUGUAGCCAGAGCUGCUACAACAAACAGCCACACAAGCCUACGGGAGGCAGAGAUGCAAGAAGACAUCAGAGGAGGGAGGGAAGGAAAGAGGGACAGAGGCCAGUGUUGCCUGCGGCACCCCCGACCAUCAUUCAAGGCACCCCAGGGUGCCAUGGCACACUGGUUGAAAACCACUGCUCUUGGUCUAUCUAGUCCAGAUCUACUUUGGCUUACAGGGAAUCUCUAAGACCUCCAGGCAGAAAGGACUUUUCAAACUCUGGAACCCAAGUGUAUGCCAAGGAUUGAGCCUGGGGGACCUUCUACGAGCAAAUUCAUGUAAAAAGGGCAAUUUUUAAAGUGCUAAACUAGAUUUUGACUCUGCUCUCUUCCAACUCAAUUUAAAGCUUGUGUUUCUUUGCAAGUGUCUACUGUCAAAUGGAAAACAGUCAGCCGACGAUGCAGAAUGGGAGAGAAUACGCCUGCAUGGUUAUGAAUGUAUUCAGUAAUUUGUACCGCAUUCAACAGCAUAAAAAUCCAUGGGGCAAAUGCGCUGUCAUUUUAAAAUGAGCAAAGUUUCUAGCCUUUGUAGUUACAGAGAAAACCUGAAAAUAAUGGGCAGCCUCUGCUUUAAGUAGAAAAUUCAGAUUUCUACAAAAAGGGUUAUUACUAUGCUGCAAAAAAAAAUAAAGCAUGUAAGCUCAAGCUAUACUGUGUGCAGAUCUAGAGCAGUUUAGAAUCUUCUUCUGGGAACAGAUAAACUCAAAACAAUCUCUUGCUUGGCAGGUCUCAGAAAAUAAGUACUGUACAAAAAUAAGGGAAGUUAUGUCUCAUUUGCUGUCCCUGGGUUGGUGUAAGAACAUAAGAGCUUGCUGAAUCAGACCAAUGGCCCACUUAGUGCAGUAACCUGUUUCCAGUGGUGAACCAGGUGUCUAUGGGAAGCCUGCAAGCUGAACCUGAACACAAGAGCUCUUCCCACACCUGUGAUUCCCAGCGACUGCCCUAAAGAGUCACACUAUCUCAGACAGUGGAGGCAGAGUGUAGCCAUUGUGGUUAGUAGCCAUUUGAUAGCCUUUUCCUCCAUGAAUUUUUCUAAUCCUCUCUUAAAGCCAUCCAAGUUGCUGGC